AUGCAAGAUAAGAAGGUGAUCACCUACGCUUCGAGGCACCUACGACCCAAUGAGGUGAACUAUCCCACCCAUGACUUGGAGUUGGAAGCAGUGGUAUUUGCCUUGAAGUUAUGGAGCCACUAUCUCUACGGUGAGAUGUUCACCAUCUACAUUGAUCACAAGAUCCUCCAGCACUUGACUGAUCAGAAGGAUUUGCACAUGAGGCAGAGAAGGUGGAUGGAGUUGUUGAGUGAUUAUGACUGCACCAUUAAGUACCAUCCGGGAAAGGCAAAUGUGGUGGCUGACGCAUUGAGCAGGAAGAGGGAGAGCCCUUUACCGAAGUUGGUCUCUUUGAGGGCCAUGAACAUGGAGUUGGAGCUAGAGGAGGUGACAAAGUUGUUAGCAACUUUGACAAUUCGUCCUAUGCUGCAAGAACGAAUCAAGGAGAAGCAGAGUGAAUAUUUGGAAUUAGAGAAGUACAAGACGCAAGUAGUAGAAGAGAAUGACACCAAAUUUGAAUUGGUAAAUGGGGUACUGAUGUGUCAACGAAGGUUGUGUGUCCCAGAUGUUGUUAAGCUAAGGAAGGAUAUUCUGAACGGGGCUCACUCUGUACCUUAUGCGAUGCACCCUGGGGCUACUAAGAUGUAUCGUACCCUCAAGGAGCAUUUCUGGUGGCCAGGGUUGAAGAAGGCGGUAGUUGCACAAGCCUACCAAUGUUUGGAGUGCCAAAUGAUCACGGCUGAACAUCAAGCUCCAGUCAUUGAGCACUUACCGUUGGAGAUUCCGCAGUGGACUUGGGGGAAGAUCACCAUGGAUUUUGUGGAUGGUUUACCGAGGACCCUGAGGGGCAAUGAUGGAGUAUGGGUGAUUGUGGAUCUCUUCUCGAAGGUGGCUCAUUUUAUACCCAUCAAGUUCAAGCCAGGGCUGGAGGAGAUGGCUAGGUUGUAUGUGAGGGAGAUAGUGAGAUUGCAUGGAGUUCCUCUUAGCAUCGUGUCUGAUCGCGACCCUAGCUUCACAUCACCAUUUUGGGUGGUCCUUCAAAAGGCUAUGAGCACUAAAUUUCACUUCUCCACCGCAUACCAUCCCCAGAACAAUGGACAGUCAGAGAGGACCAUUCAGACACUGGAAGACCUGCUAAGAGCGUGUGUCUUGACGAUGGAAGGAGCUUGGGAUGAGUAUUUGCCUCAAAUGGAGUUUGCUUACAACAAUCAGUAUCACAAUUCAAUAGAAGCAGCUCCAUAUGAAGUUUUGUAUGGGAGGAAGUGUUGUACACCACUAUACUAA